CACACUCGUGUUGCAGUUCCCACUCCAGAAGCUCGAGCCGCAUCCGCCGGGCCCGCGGAUUACGCAUCUCGCCGCCCCAUGGCCGAUCUCCGCCCGCCGGAGCCCACCACCAACGGCGCCGGCGCCAGCGUGGUCGCCGCGCUGCCGGCCGUGAACGCGGCGGCCGCCGUCGAGGCAGCCGCCGCCGCCGCCGGAGGGGCGCAGGCGCCCGCGGCGCCCUACUCCAAGCGCCGCCGCCGCCCCAGCGUCCGCCUCGGCGACAUCGACGCCCCGCCCCCGCGGCGGAACCACAAGUCCUCCUCGUCCCACCCGCGCCCGCCGCGCCGGGCGCACCCGGACGACAGCGCGGCCGACCCGCACCACCGCCGGGGGGCCAAGCCGCCCGCCCAGCGCCGCCCCCGCACCGCGUGGAUUCCCGCCGCGCCCGAGGGCGCCGAGGGCUACGGGGACGAGGAGGAGCGCUACUACGACGACGAGGAUCAGUCCGACUCCGCGGCCGCCGCCGCCGCGAGGGCUAGGGUUUCCGGCAGCCGCGACGCCAGCGGCGACGAGUCCGACGGGGUGGCGGACUGGGGCCUCCCCAACGGCAGGCUCCCCUCCGCCAUAGGAUACAGCGGCGUAAAGGCGUGGCUGGAUGGGCUGGGGCUUUCGCGGUACGCUCCGGUGUUUGAGAUCCAUGAGGUGGACGAUGAGGUGCUCCCUAUGCUAACGCUGGAGGAUCUCAAGGACAUGGGCAUUGGGGCUGUUGGCUCCAGGAGGAAGAUGUAUGCCGCCAUCCAGAAGCUCCGGAGCGACAACGUCUCCUGAGUUGAUUCUUUUCUCUUUUGUUAGCUACUGGUUAAGGCGUUGCUGGGCCAGCUUCAAGAUGGGUGCAAGGAACUGAUAUGCUGAGGCAUUGAUACAUUGUAAGUUCAAAGAGUAGCGAGUGGAUCUUUUAGUUGAAAAAAUCAUAGUUUUUGGUCCUUUUGAAGUUUCACCUCCAAAUUGUGAUGGUUGCCAAAUAUGAUAGUCUGGUACAUUUUGCCGUAAUUAAAAGUAUGCUAGGAUUAUUCACUGGGGAGGAGUGUUUUUCAGUUUGUGGCUGAAAAGGGGCUCAGGGUAGAAAGGAAUAGCAAAACCCAAGGACACCUUAUGGCUUGUAUCUCAGCAGCAUUUUGACAGGCAUGAGUUGUUCUCAGGAAAGCUGAAGAAAUAGAGGGUAUCCCAACAAACUGUACUUAGGUUCAGUUGGGGUCGAGUUUUCGGGGCACAUUGGCAGAUAAUGUGCCAUGCCCUUGCUGCUGGGCUGAUGACACCGCAAUGGCAAACAAAGUGGAUAAUUUCACCACAAGCUUUAUGUUUUGUUGUGUGCAAGACCUCACCUGUCUUGGUGUAGCCUGUCCAUCGUUUAAGCCAAAGAAGAGUAGGUUGAAAGAGUAGUGAAUGGAUCUGUAAGUUGAAAAACCAUAGUUUCUUAUUUAAAGCCAAGGAAGAGUAGGCCUGACAUGGGAUAGCGUAAGCGGCACUCUGGUAGCCAGGAUGAUUUGCCCGGAGAACCGCCAGUAGCCGCUCCUGAUUGCCAUUGCACAAGGAGCAUGCAGAGGUGGCUACAGGCAAAUCAUCCUUGGCUAGCAAAGAUGACCCUCUUACUUCCAUGCGAGGCCUCUCUUCUGCCGCUUGUGCUUGCUGUGCACUGAUGCCUGCAUUAUAGCUGGGGGCUGUAUUUAUAAGGAGCCAUCCAUCAGG